UGUUUUUCUUGAUCAUUCUAUUAAAUAUUAUUAAUCAAAAUACGAAAUGCCAAUAUGUGAAUCCAAAGCAAGUGAAUUACCAAUAACACCAACAUUAACUGAAAGUGACCAAAAUGCAUCUGAGUUAGCAAAAAUUAAAAAAGUACGGGAACAAGCAUAUUUUAAUUCAUAUGAUUUUGAUGCGAUUGAAGUUUUUCCACAAUCAUCAUCCUCAACAUCAUCUUCAUUAUCGGACACAUCAGUAUCAGAAGAUGAAAUUAAUUUUAGUAAAGAGAAAUCUAUAACAACAACAAAUAUUAUAAAUCAAAAUAUUAUAAAAAACAAAUCUACAUCUGCUAACACAAAAAAUAGUAUACCAAAUGAUUCAAAUAAUAAAUUCAAAGUUUCAUCUAUUACAAAAGCCUCAACAGAAACAACAACGAGAACUACAACAACCUCAGUAAUAACCGCAAAAUCAACCACAACAGCAACUUUACCAACACCAGAAGCAACAGCAACAACUAAAAUAUCAACAAAAACUCAUGGCUAUUUUGAACGUUUCAAAUCUCUGUUGUCAUCAUCGAAUGCCAUAAAAAAUAUUAAAAUUAAAUCAAUUGAUAGACAGAUAUCAAAUGAUAGUGCUAUACAAAGUGAUUGUAAUCAUUUAAGUGACAAUAUAAACGAUUGUCUAACAAUAGAUGAUGACAAUUCAUGUUGUGGUGGUGGUGAAAUCAUUGAUCGUAAUAGUUUAAAUAAUAGUAGCAAUAGCAGCUCCAAAUCGACAACAAAUUUAUACAAAGGUAGCGGUAAAAUUAACAGCAGUAAUAAUAAUAAUAAUAAUAAUAAUGGCGAUAAUAAUAACAAUAACAGUAACAAUAAAGAAGUAAAUAGUGGCAAGAAGACAAAGCAUUCACCAAAUGGAUUUAUUUUACCCCGAGCGAUAUUAAAAUAUCAAAAUAUCGAAUAUCCCGUGAAUUCAAUGCCAUCUUCUUCUUCUUCUUCAUCAGCAUCUUUGUCGCCGUCAACACAAGCAAAAUUUAAAAAUAAUUAUAAUAAUAAUAAUAAACCAAUAGCUAGUUUGCAUUCAAAAACAGCAACAACCGCUGAAACAAUAACAACUUCAACUACUGCCACAACAUCAACCAACAAAAUACAAAUAUCUGAUCCUAUCACAAUUGCAAAAAUUCAAAAUCUACAAUAUCAACACAACAAUCAACCAAUAGAACAACAAAAAAUAAAUAUUUUACAGCAAUUGCAGCAUUACAGUUUAGAUAGUAACGAUUUAUCAUUAUCUGAUAUUUGUAAUUCAACUGAUCAAGUUGCACCAAUAUUACCGAAAACUUUUACUACAUCUGCUGCUGUUCAUACCAAUACUAAUGAUUUUUCAAUUUCUGCAAAAAAUAUAUCUGAAAAAAAUUGUAGUGAUCAUAAUAUUAAUAAUAAAAUAAGAAAUUCAAGUAGCAAUGUAAGAAAUGUAGAUAAUAAUAGUAGUAUUGAUAAAUAUACCGGUGUAAAUAAUGAUGAUACUGUUCAAGAAAAUAAUUCAGAAUCAACCAAAAAAUUUAAAACAAUAACAUCAAAUGUAGCAACAUCUGUAGUUGCAACAGAAGCAGCAACUACAAUACCAAUAGAAACAAAAUUAAAUAAAAUCAAAUCACCAACAUUUACAAAAUCAUUUUUAGAAUCAUCUUCAUCAUCAUCAGCAAUAACACCAGCUACUACAAAAGUAAUAAAUACAAAUAUGCAGCGUCAAUUAUCACAAAAUUAUUCAGAGAAAAGUUCUGAUCGUAGUAGUAGUAAUGAUCAAACAAAUAAUUUGUCGCAUUAUUCAACAGAACGAAGUAACGGUGGAUCAUCUGGUUAUUAUAGUUCAAAUUUAUGUUCAUCUAGUUCAAUUGAAGAACAUAUCUAUAGUGAACCAGUUAUUGAUAAUUUAGUUGCUGAUAUACCAAACUCUAAUGAAAAAAUUCAUGAUACUAAAAUUUCAUCUGCGAUUACAUUAAAACCAAAAACAGCAACAAAUAAUAAUAUUGGUAAUAAUAAUAGUAACAUUGACGAUUGUGAUGUUGGUAGAUCAAGACUAUCAUCAUUGCCCGGUACAACCGCAUCAUCUCAAAAAAUAUGUAAAUUACCAAAAGGAUUGUUGAUGAUGAAUAUAAAUAGAAGUGAUACAAUUAAUAAAGAUAGUUUUUAUAUGACAAAUCGUAGUUUUAAUGAAACAUUUGUCGGCUCGGGACGUAAAUUUUUUAAUACAUCAUCUAUACGCCGAUCAAAAUAUUUACAUCAAUUGUAUGAUCGACAAAAACAGCAACAACAGCAACUACAGCAGAAAGAAAAUGAACAUCAACAUUAUCAACAUUUACAACAACAAUAUAAUCAAGGACAUCGCCAUGGUUUAUAUCACAAUGAUAAUUGUCAAGAAUUCACUAUUAAUUAUGUUCUUAGUGGUAAUAAUAGUAAUCAUGGCCGUCAUGUUCCACAUGCUGGUAAUGUUAAUAACCAUAACAAUAAUAAUAACAGUAAUAAUAAUAAUAAUAGUACUAUUACCAAUCAUAGUCAAGUUAAUAAUAUUGAAGAGGAUAAAAAGAAUGCUAAAAUGAAUGAAAGUUUAAAAAAUUUGGAAACAAGUAUCAAAAAUUUAGAUCGACAUUUAAAAAAUUAUCCUCAUUUAAGAAGUAAUUCUAUAUUGUUAAGAUCAACAUCUUUUGGAUCAUCGGUAUCAUCAUCAUUUGAUAAUAUUGUUGAAGAAUCAAUUGAUAUUGUUAAUAAUGAUGGCGCUGGUGGUGUAUUAAUGCAGAAAGUUCCUCAACAAUUAAAUAACGUUUAUUUGCCAACAAUAAUGGAAGGCAUAGAUAGUCAAAGCUCAAAUACGAAAAAGAAUCAACAAAAAUCAUGGACUGAUGACAUGUUGGAUGAUUCAUUAAUGGAUAUUGAUUUGGAUUCAUUCCUAUUGGUAAAUGAUAAUAAUCCUAAUAAUAAUAGCACAACUUUAGCUCAAAAUAAAUCAACAAACAUAAAAAAUAAUGAAAAUGAUUUAAAUGGAAUCGAUAAUCCAUCGUUUGAUACAAAUGAAAUUUUAAUUCGUGAACCAAUGGAAAAUAAUUAUAAAUGUUCUAAAUAUAUAAAUUCAUGUCCAGAGAAUGCAUAUAAAGUUGAAAGUGAAUUAGAACAUAAUUCAAGUACUAAUCUCCCACCGAUGAUUGGUAAUGCAUCAUUAUCAAAUGAUAAAACAAUAGCAUUUUUUUUAAAAAAAUAUGAAGAUCAAAUUCAUUUUCAAAAUACACGUGAUAUGCUUGAAGAUAUCCAAAUUAAAAUACGUAAUAUAGCUGAAAUAGCUGGUGAAGAUGAUCGUGUUAUACCAAAGGCAAUGGAAAAUAAUAUAAAUUUAUUAAAAAUUCAAUUAGAAGAAUAUUUAUCAAUUAUGAAUCAUAAUAGUGAUUUGGAAAUAAAACAAUUUUGUAAUGGUGUUGUAAAUAAUCAAAAACUUGUAACAUUAACCAAAGCAUUUGAACGUCGUAAAUCAUUAACAACAGGAACAAGUAGUUGUUGUAAUAGUGAAUUUGAUUAUGAUAUUAAUUAUGAAUCGGUACCGAAACGUUCAUGUUGUUCAAUUAUUAAUAAUAAUAACAAUAAUAAUAUGAAUAUGAAUACAUCAAUCAAUAGUGCCAUGAUUGUUAGUAAUGGUAAUAGAUUAUUAUAUGAUGGUGGAUCAAUAAUUAGACCAAAACAAUUAUCAUUAAAUGACAAUGAGAAAUCAUUAUAUAUUAAUAAUAAUAAUUGUAAUAGUAAUAAUGGAGGUUUAAAUAGCCGGAAUAUAUCAAUCAAUGAUAAAUUAAGUUAUAAUGAUCUAUAUCGUUUAGAAAAUGGUGAAUUUGAUAAAGAUCAUAUAAUGAAUAACAGAACAAGUCAAAUGCAAAAGAACUUAUCAUAUCAUAGUCCAUUUUUGGAUAGAGAAGAUAUUCAUCGGACAGAAACUGAAGAUAAAAAUUCAAUAUUAGAAUGGCAUCGUAAUAAACCAAGCAGUUGGGAAUUGUAUUAUGGUACAAAUCGUAUUCAUCAUACUGUUAGGGAUUAUAGUGGAAAACAUUCACAGGCGUUGAUGUCUUAUCCAUCAUCACGUCCUGAAUCUGAUUUUACGCUAGAUCUGCCAAGAGCAGAACAAUUACGUUUAAAAAUGGAUAAAGAAAAAAAAUUUCGUCAGCGUUGCAGAAUAUUAACAACAUUCUUAAGUUUAGUAUUCUUUUUAUUAACUGUUAUGGUUGUUAGUCUAGUGCUUACACGUGGUAAAAGAAUGUUUGGAAGCAUGUUGUAAGCAACAAACAAAAAAAAAAAACUAAUAAAAAAAAAUAAAAUUAUUAGCAAAAAUUUGUAGCAAGGAAAAAAUAAAAUUUUUUGAACGUGAUUUUUUUCCAGUCGAAUUUGAAAGGAUACAAAAAAAAAAUUUGAAAAUUAAAAUAUAAAAUAAAAAAAUAAUAUAUAAGGACUGAAAGGAACACUUAUUUUGAUUAGAACGAUGAUGUGCACGGAAUAUGUACAGGUAAGUAUCGGUUGCAUUUCUGCAACAAAAAACUAAAUCUUUUCAAUGGCAUUGCACUGGACGAACUAUUGUGACUAUAAAUUUUUUUUGAGGGAGGUACUUUUGGAUUUUAUAAAUAUCUUUUAAUAUUCAUCUCAAGUCAAUUUUUAAGACAAAGCAUACUUCAUCAAAAUUGUAUAUAAAAAAAACUGCACAUACUUAAGCUUACUCGAGAUAAAAAUUAUUUAGUAGUCUAGAAAUAGUCUACAUCAAACGCUAAUUCAAAUUUUUAAAAAGUCUAAAAAAUUCGUGCGGUUAAAUGUGACGCAUGAUUGCAACCGGAAUCUAUUCAUAUGAAUUAAAUUUUCGGCAACGGCAAUCAAACCCCGAAAUUUUGAUUCAUACGAGUUGAAU